AUGCCUUACAAAGCACUUGAAUUUCAGAAGCAAGUAAAGCUGAAGGAUCCAAAGAAAAUGCGUAAUCUUGGUUUAUUUAGCGAAUAUGAGAAAAUUACAGUUGGUAUUGUUAGACAAUUUGAAAGCAUAGUUACUGAUU